GUCCUCACAUAUAUAUAUUGUUAGCUGCGUGUGUAUACAUAUAUGUUAAAAACGCGAACUCGAUGUGCCAGUGCAUGUGCCAUGACUGCCAUGGGGCUUUGGUGCAGUCACGCAACAACUUUAUAAUUUGUCGGCUACAACUCUGAAAUCGAUUUGAGUUGUGUUUUUUCGGAAAGUAUGUUUUAAAAAAAUUAAAUAAAAUUCACUAGUAUUAUUUGAUGCAAAAGACCAAACAUGAGUUUUUCUAUCUAUGACUCGAAUGUCAUCCUGUGCUCCGGCGAUAACGUUUUAGUUUAUAACCUCGAAAGUAAGACCAAAAAUGUCAUUACUUUGCCAAAACUCGUAGCCGAGAAAGAAAUAAAAGCUCACAAUAGAGAAGAUAUAGAGUCUUUCCAUACGUUGACAAGUGUGGCAUUUUCUGACGAUGGACAGUAUUUCCUGGUCUGUACGAAUCGCAAACAGUUGUGUCUGUACAGUACAAGAGAUGGUUUUAAGCUGGUUUCAAACAGGACAAUGCCAAGAGCAGCUAGCAGAGUUAGAUUUCACUCAAACAAUGAUGUUGUUGUUGCUGACAAGUCAGGCGAUGCUUACUUGUUUUCAAGUUCUAGGCCUGAUGAAGCUGGACAAUUGUUGUUGGGUCAUUUGUCAAUGUUAUUAGACAUUUUAGUGACAGAUGAUCAGAAAUACGUUAUUACAGCUGAUAGAGAUGAGAAAAUUAGAGUAUCUAUGUUUCCUAACAGUUAUAAUAUAUUGUCCUAUUGUCUAGGUCAUAAAAACUUUGUUACAAAUAUUGCUAUUGUUCCUCAUGACAAAGAUAUUUUAGUAUCAAGUGGAGGUGAUGGAACUUUGAUGUUCUGGGAUUUCAAAACUGGAAGAGAAAUACUAAGAGUUUACUUUCACGAGAAGCUAUCGCAAAAUGAUUUACUUAAACUAAAUCAAACUUUAAAGGAAAACGAUUUAGAAGAAGAUGUGACAGUUUCUCCAGUGAAACACUUAAAAGUAAUGCAAGUUAAUAAUUCUACAUCUGUUGUGGCUGUGACUUUCUAUUGUAGCAGUGCAAUACUGUUCUACAGCAUUUCCAAUAAACAAGACGACUUAAAAGUAGAAUAUUUGGACUUCAUUUCAAUUGAUAAGGAACCAUUGGAAUGCCAAUUUUACAAAGAUCAUUUGUGGAUUUUGACAGACUCAAAAAUUGAGAUUUACAAAUUUGAUAUAACAAAAUUUGUUAUUGAUGCAACUUUGAACACCGAAAUAAAAGAAUUAAAUGAACAAUGGAAGAAGCUUUAUAACACUUCGCUUAAAACACUGCUACCUGUAUUGUACAAAAGAAAAUUUGAUAGUGUACAAGAAUAUCAAGAAAGAAAAAAGACAAGGUUAAUUAAAUGACAUGUCAGAAGAUUAAGGAGACAAAUUACGUUUUUUAUUUCUUAAUACAAAUAUUUAUUAAUAUAAAUCAUGUGUUAUCCGCGUGAAUUUUUUAAUAAUAAUAAAAAAGAAGACAACCAA